AUGUCCGAAGGUGAAUCGGAUUACCGCCUUUUGGACGCGGCAAGAAAACUGGAGUUCUAUGGUUUGAAGCUUCAUCCCGCCAGGGAGAACGGUGGGAUCCUUCUCAAUUUGGGCGUUACGCAUGCGGGUCUUUUUCUCUACCAGGGCAAAAACAAGUUGAAUCAUUUUAGCUGGUCAAAGAUACGCAAGCUCAGUUUCAAACGUUCCAAAUUUCUCAUAAAAUUACAUUCUGGAAUAGAACCUUUUGGGAAGGACACAAUUGAGUUCAACUUCGAAAGUCGAGACGCAUGCAAAAACUUUUGGAAGAAGUGCCUUGAGCAUCAUGCCUUCUUCCGGUCCCGGGAGAUGCGUGGAGAGCCAGGCGCAGGAGGUGGGGGAGUGGGAGGAUUCGGGUCGGGAAUAUGGAGCUCAACUGCACCUCCUGCCCACCCCUAUGCCUCACAGCCAACCCUUCGCUUCGCCGAGGACGCCGGAAGUAAAAGUAGCAGUCGAGGGCUCACUCGUAGUGCUAGUCUCAAAAGUGGUCGAAGUCAGGGUCUAUUUAGCAAAGGAUCAUCCUACAGAUAUUGCGGUAGAACACAGCAGCAGCUGAUAGAAAGCUCUUACAAUUCCAGUCCAAGAAUCAUGUCUUCGGAAAAGCGGUCAAAGUCAGUGGGUCGCCUUGGUUCAGGCCAGAACAUUAGUUGCCUUGGCUCAUCGCAUCUUCAUCGCAGUAUCGCUCAUGUUGAUGAAAAACAUGAAGAUGACCUCCCAAGAAUGCUACAACAUCAACAGUGUCUCUUUAGAGGUAGCAGCUCAAGCACAGUGGCUGCUGACUUUGGUCCUCCAACAAUCAGUCUUCCGGAUCACUAUCAACUCCUUUUUCUCUCCACACCCAUUCGAAGGCCACUUUCUACCAGAUAUCGCACCGGGAGUUCUCACUCGGUGGAUCAGAGUAGUUUGCCUACUGAAAGUCCUUGUAAGGUUGGACCUCAGCUACUGGAGGCCGACUACGGAGCCGGUGUGCCUCGUGUGUUCUCUGUCAACGUACUUAAAGGCCCCAAAAGAAAACGCGAAUCUGGUAGUCUGACUAACACCUCCUCUCCCGCUGUCACCGCCGUAGCUGCCAGGCCCUCAGAUGCUGAGUCAAUUACUAAAUGUGUGUGCAUCGGCAGGGAUAGCCUUUCAACCGGCUCCCGACCAUCUAUUGCAUCGGCACUUACGUCCGGUAGCCUCCCUUAUGCCCUCAAUGAAAAAUGUGCAGAAAAACCCACAAAGGAGUCCUAUAGUGAGAAGUACAAGAAUAAGAGCAGCGAAAUUCCCACUCUCCCUGGUGCUUCGUCUUCGGAAGAGUUUGUAUCUGGACCUACCUCUUCCAAUGAACCCCCAACUUCAGCCUCAUCCACAACCACACAUGACUUACUCACGCUAGGUCAGCGUGGUCGUGCCUUCUCCGCCUUUGAGGAGAGCUCUCAGCGCUCGACUUCACUUCCUCCUGAACACUACGACGAGGUGGCCGAGGAUGAAGAUGACGAUUACGAUAAUGAAGAUACCAAUGCUGAUAGAGCAGGUCUGUCAGACGACUCCCUUUUGCAGCAUCCGCUUUCUGUGUGCGCCUCCCGCGCUGUUUCCUCUAGCGAUCUUUACAGGUCGGAGUCAAUCGACUUUCAAUACCCAGUUUGCAAACUUGACGAUCCAAACUCACCAUUGGAUCCGGAACUUGAAAAUGGAAAGAAAACAAUUGAAGUCUCUAUCUUUUCACCUUUUGCUCAAGAAAGCCCGCCGGAUAAGAUUGACCCCUAUGGCUCUCUUUGCUACCCUUCGAAAAGUGCUCCUGCCAGCAGACGUGCUUCAAAUUACUCAACUCAUGACGAAGAAUUUGACGGAGAAGAUCCUAUGGAGCCUUGUAGCCUCGCUCCUGCUCUUUCAAUUGGUGCAAUCUCCGCCAUCACAGGUGUUUCUUGUUUCGAUGAUGAAGAAGGUGGCGAGAGUAGUGGAGGAGAUGGAGGAGGCAUUGGCACUUACGAAAGCAAAGAUGACGGAAAAAGGGAAGCAAUGUCUCUCGUCUCUGGACCCUCAUCUCCAGCCGUCGACACGCUUUCCUCCCUAACAGGGCAGAGGGCGCAAUCGGAGCCACUCCAAACAGCACCUUCGGUGUCUGAAGAUUUGCAUGUAGAGAUCGAAUCUCAGACUUCAAACCAAACACGUCGGCAGCGGUUGAGACGAAGGAGAACACGGAAGCGUGAGCUGAGAAGUGGAUUCGAUUAUCUCACUUAUGAUGCUCUAACCACAACGUUUCAGCAGCAUACUUUGACAAUGACAGCUAAUCCCGCGUCAAGAACACUUCGGAAGCCCUACCACAGCAAUUUCAUUCCUGAUGGCAACUUCCACACAGAAGUCACUCGUCUGAUCACACCACUCCACUGUCACCACUCGGCACUACUGCAGUCAGCGCUGACGAGAGUAGCUGCAUGGGAGAAAGCGGCUAUCAGUGCAGCCACAGCAAGGACGCGCUUUCAAUCCGCUCUUGCCGGCGUGCAUAGGGCACAGCGAACCAGGCGCAAACGAGCAGCCAAACAAAUCCAGGCGGGCCGGCGGCACAGAUCUAAGUGCUCACAGAAAAUGGCCAAGGGCAAUGGUCGUGCCUCUGUGAGCGGUGUGCCCCGUUCCUCCUCUCGAAACGAGUUACCACCAUCAAUCGAGACUAGCCGAAAUCAGACUCCGCCUGCGGAUGGCUGUAACCUCACAGCUUCUUCAUCACCGUCGACAUCGUCUUGCUAUUCGUCGUCAUCAUCUCCAGCAAUUUCUGACGUGGAAAGAAGUUCUUAUCAGCUCGUUGCCCCUCCACCUGACCUUACAUCAGCGGAGAGGGAGCUGAGGGAAACAACAAGGUGUCUGGCUGAAAUGGCUCGGAUCGCAGAUGUCUACAGACACCCUCUUUUAGACAGCAUUGUGUCACGCUACGAGGACUUACUAGCUGCGCUUCCCGAGCUUCUCAGUAAGUACAUCCCACGUUACGUGGAGAACGAGGACUCCGAAUGCGUAGCCGGCUAUCCUUCCAGACUUGCUUUGUUGAGGGUUCCUGCGCGGCGUUUGUGGUACUAUACUCAAGCUUUCCGACGUCUGGCGGAGUUAUAUGGGGAUGAGCACCCAGAUUUGGACGAUUGCAAUGCUCUGGUCUCGAGGUUGUCGGACUUGAUGUCAAGAUUUGAUUCAGUGUAUCGAACAACUGAGGCAUAUGCCAUGGUUGCCGAGUUUUGUCAAGACCAUCAAAUGGAUGCAGUAGAGCGGUCUAGUGUUCAUGAUCACUGCCGCCCCCGGGAGUGUUCCGUUUCAGUGCUCAGCAGCCUUGUGAACGAACCGCAUUCCCGCCUUAUUCGCGUUGGCUUUCUCGAGAAGAUGUCCUCAAGGGGUCGUGGAUUCCAGCCUCGAAUGGCUCUGCUUUUCACUGACCGCCUCAUCUACUGUGGACGAGUUUCAAGUCCCACGAACAUUCAACUGAAGAUACACGGUGUGGUGUCUCUUUACAACGCCGGGCUUGAAUCUCACAUCAAAACCUCAGUCUCAUUUUCGGAGGGAAUUUCUCGGGAGGGCACCACUGCAAGCCGGAGCUCGAGUAAGGAGCGACACAGCUUUGCGAUCCUCGUUUUCUCCGGUGAGAAGGCAGAAAAAGGGCACUCUACUACCAAAUCCGUACAUUCUCGCACUCAUCGCAUAGUCUUUGCAGCGCCCAAUGAAGAGCAGAAGCGUUUAUGGCUGGCGGCUCUGAAUAAGGUGCUCGGUUGUGAAAAAAAAUUGAAUGCGUGCUCCUCUAUGGCAUCAGUACCUCCGUUGCAGGGCGUCAAACUAACCCAGUUGAAAAAAACAGGAAUUUCGAAGCCUGAUCGCUCUACCGCUGAGGAUCUGUCUCAUCCCGUCUUGGAAGCUCUGGAGACGCAGGACGUACAGUCAGACGUGGCUCCCAAUAACAAAGACAACCACUUGGGUUUAUUGGGACCGAGGUCCCACCUUCAGCAGACAGUGCUGCGCUGCAGCGGUCUCGCAUACGUCUGUUGGCAUCGAAGACUCAGCGUUUCUCUUGACAACGUACUCAACGCCAAUCAGUGCGAAAUAAGCGGAUACCUAUUACGAAAGUUCAAAACCAGCUGCGGUUGGCAAAAAUUAUGGACAGUGUUUACCGACUUUACACUUUUUUUCUACAAAACUCCGGAUGAUUUUACUCCGAUUGCCAGUCUCCCCCUGCUGGGCUAUCGCCUUGAGUCAGCACGACCAGCAGCCGACGCUCAACUUCACAGGUCAGAUGUUCUUCAGCUGACCUACAAAUCUCAUGUGGUACAGUGCAUUGUCCUCCGCAUUGAAUCCCUUGUCAACCGACAAAAAAUAAUGUUCGCUUUACCUUACUCCUCUGGAGACACUCGACAGUUUUAUGUGCAAUAUGCCGCUGAUCUGUAA